AGUGUGUGUCAUUACUGCACUCCCAAUUCCACUCUUUGAAAAGUCUUUGUAAUUAUUAUUUUGAUCACUUUUGAGUCUUCCAGAUCUUGGAGAUUUCUCCAUGGGUGGGUGUAGAAUUUGUUGAUAAUGUUGAAAAGAGCCGUCAGUUAGCUAUGGGCGGUAGUGUGCUCCUUUCAAUGGAGGAGAAAGAAAAUGGAACCUAUCGCUGCUGAGGAGGCUGUGUCCAGUGCCGAAGACCUGCCCGUACAAGGGCAGGAAAUUGCUGCUGAGGAGGCUGUGUCCAGUGCCGAAGACCUGCUAGUAGAAGGGCAAGAAAUUGUUGUAACAAGUGCUUCUGAACCAACGAGUAAGAAGCGCUAUCGCCCGCUCAGGGAAAAAUCGCCCGAUGAAUACCGUCGACAGCGUGACAGGAAUAACGUAGCCGUCAGAAAAUGCCGUGUAAAGGACAAGGAAAGUCAGAAGAAACGAGAAAAGUUAAUUGAAGAGCUGAAGGCAGAAAAUGCCCGACUUACUGCUCAAGUGCAGCAGCUGACUGAAAACAAUCGUUCCGCGCAGGCGGACAUCCGUGAUUUUCAAAUAUGUUGUAUGGAUACAACCAGUAAGUUACGAGUUGAACUCGAGCUUCAGCAUGGUGCUGUAGGGCGCUUGAAGGACCGUUUAGAUAUUGCGAAACAACUGUUUGAGGAACAUAACAUCAAGGUCGCACCAGGAAUGUUCUUCAAGGCAGAAAGCGUUGUAGCCCAGACGCUCAGCACCAGCUUACCAGUGGAUGUUGAUAGUCAGCUGGAACGCCAACACCUGCCGAAUAAAUCAGAGGAGGCGGCUGCUGCGGCCCCUCACGAAAUGGCGUCUGUGUUGCCCGUGGAAGAUGUGGAUGGUGGACACGUAUCCAUGCCCGACAUGAACACAAUAGAAGUUGCUGAGGAAGUGCAGGUAGGUCCACCAGCUGCUGAUAACUCAGAUGAUGACAAGAAAGCUAUCCAGAGUCUGAGCAACUCUUAGCCAUCUCCGGUAAUGCCUGUCUCGUUGUGUGUGACCGUUGCCUGUAUGAGCAUUGUACCGUUGAAUGCACACCGUCACGUCGUAUAGACCACUAGAUUAGAUGCUGUUACUGCAGUAUUCUACUGCCUUUGCAUGCUAGUUGGGUAGCUGCCUAACUGCCUGCAUGCCCCCUUGCUUGCAGUUAUGGCUUACAGUAUUAGGCCCUAGGAUUAACCCAUUUCUUCCAUCCAUCAGAAUAGUUCUCAUGCAAUUUUAUUUUCAGGGGUGCCAUGAAACACUUGUGCUGUCUGUUUGUCUCGCUUUGUACAUAGCUAGCUGUGGUGUCGUUCGUUUUUGCUGUAUAUUUCUCAUGUUUAAAAAAAAGCUUUUACUCCUGUGUACAGAUAUGUUCCUGGCAGUACAUACAAGUACACUAUGCUGGUCAUGUGCACAAGUUGGUGCAUCAGCUCAUUUUUUUUUUAAAGUCAAAAAGCAUACAACUUUACAAGCAUGGGUUGCUUGACAACUCAAAGACA